AUGCUCCAGAAGUGGCAGAAGAGGGAGAUCAGCAACUUUGACUACCUCAUGUACCUGAACACAUUGGCUGGCCGCAGCUACAAUGAUUACAUGCAGUAUCCUGUGUUUCCAUGGGUCCUUGCCGACUAUCACUCCGAGACACUAAACCUUACUAAUCCUCGUACAUUUCGGGACCUGUCAAAGCCUAUGGGAGCACAGACUGUGGAGAGGAAACACAAGUUCAUCCAGCGCUACAGUGAAGUGGAAAAGAGUGAAGGAGACCUCUCAGCCCAGUGUCAUUACUGCACUCACUAUUCAUCAGCAAUUAUAGUGGCAUCUUACCUGGUCCGAAUGGAGCCAUUUACCCAGACCUUCUGUGCGCUGCAGGGUGGGAGUUUUGAUGUUGCUGACAGAAUGUUUCACAGUGUCAAGAGCACGUGGGAAUCAGCAUCAAGGGACAACAUGAGUGAUGUCAGGGAACUAAUCCCUGAAUUCUUCUACUUGCCGGAGUUCCUAACCAAUGCAAAUCACUUUGAACUUGGCUGCAUGCAAGAUGGAACAGUGCUGGGAGAUGUGCAGCUUCCACCUUGGGCAGAUGGGGACCCUCAUAAAUUCAUUCUCCUGCACAGACAGGCACUGGAAAGUGACUAUGUCAGUGCACACCUUCAUCGCUGGAUAGAUCUGAUUUUUGGUCACAAACAACAUGGCUCAGCUGCAGUGGAGGCAGUUAACACCUAUCACCCUUACUUCUACGGAGAUAAGAUGAACCUCAACAACAUUAAAGAUCCUCUGAUUAAGAGCACCAUCCUGGGUUUUGUCAGCAACUUUGGGCAGAUACCAAAGCAGCUCUUCACUAAACCACAUCCGUCCAGAAAUGCCCAAGGGAAAAGUUCAUCGGGAAGAGAGACUGUGCUGUCCCUUCUCUCAGGUGGAAUUCUUCCUCCUCUUAUGAGCAGCCUGCAAAAUCUGAAGCUCUCACCAGUUACAAUAAAAGACUAUCCAAAGGGAGCUAUUGGGCACAUUGUUCAUACUGAGAAAGGCAUUCUGGCUGUCGAAAAAAAUAAAGUUUUGAUUCCUCCUCUUUGGAGCAAAACAUUCUGCUGGGGAUUUGAGGACUUCACCUGCUGCUUUGGCAACUAUGGAUCUGAGAAGAACAUGACUAUAUUUGAGUGCAUGGUAGACUGGGGAAAGUGCCUCUGCGCUGUGUGCCCUUCAGCGACUACCAUAAUCACGUCUGGAACGAGUUCAGUUGUGUGUGUCUGGGAACUUUGCUUCGUCAAGGACAAAGUAAAAUGUCUAAACUUGAGACAGCCUUUGUAUGGGCACACUCAGGCAGUGACCUGCCUUGCUGCAUCUGUGACCUACAGCAUCUUUGUGAGUGGAUCCGAUGACAGAACCUGCAUCAUUUGGGACCUGAACCAGCUGACGUAUAUAAACCAGCUUCCUGCCCAUGGGGCAAGUCUCUGUUCUGUUGCCAUCAACGAUUCAACAGGUGAUAUUAUCUCUUGUGCUGGAUCUUACCUAUAUCUGUGGACAGUCAAUGGCCAGCUUCUUGCAAGCAUUAACACCACCUGCAGCCCUGAAAACCAUAUUGUUUGCUGCUGCGUUGCUGAAGUGAUGGACUGGGACACACGCAGCAUCAUCAUCACAGGAAGCACAGAUGGAAUUGUGAGGCUGUGGAAGACUGAAUACACCAAUACCCCAGAUCAAGCUGCUGGACUGAGACGGCAGAGAGGCACAGUGGAAGAGCCAGAAAACACAG